AACAUUUCAAUGUUUACUUUUGUCUUCACUUUUGAAAAUUUGAUUUUAAGUGCAUAAGUUGUAGAAUAUUUUUUUAAAACUAUUUUUUAAUAGCAAAAUAUGUUUAUGUUUUUCAAUGCACCAUAUGAAGAAUAUGAGGAAGAGUUACGUGUUAAGCGCAGGCGACUACGGGACGCAAACACUCCAAUCGACUUACCAGAAGAGGAGUUCAUGAAGGAGUAUCGCGUAAGUAAAAAAGUUUUCAUGACAAUUUUUAAUGAAGUUACACCAAAAAUAAAGAGAAAGCAUCGAACUACCGCCAUACCAGAAAUAACCAGGUUAGCUUGUUUCUUGAGUGCACUAGCUGGUAAUUAUCAAUCAAGAGUUGGAAACAAUUCAAAUACUGCUGUGUCUCAAGCAAUGGCAUCGAAAAUUGUUGGCGAUUAUUUAGAAAUAUUUGAAGAUCACUUUUGCGACAAAUGGAUAAGUUUGGAAAUGACAGAGCAGGAAGAAAAGAAAGUUAAACUAAAAUUUUACAAUGAAACUGAAGUGCCCAGCAUUAUUGGAUGCGUGGAUUGUACACACAUUGCAAUACAGUGUCCAAGACUGGAUACAAGCCAUUUAUAUCGAAAUGACACUGGAGGCUUUAGCAUAAACGCGUUAAUUAUUUGUGAUGUAGACUUAAUGGUAAGAUAUAUUGAUGCAAGGAAUCCAGGCGAAAAUGAUGACGAUUUCGUUUGGCAAAAGAGCGAUCCUAAUUUAUAUUUUAAGUCCAAAUAUGACGCAGGUAAAAGAAACUUUUGGCUCAUAGGUGAUACUGACUUUAAGCUGCAACCAUAUUUGAUGACACCUUAUCGGGAGCCCGUUGAAAGUUAUGAAGUUAAUUACAACGAAAAAUGUUUAAAAGCCCAAAGUAUUAUGGAAAAAUGUUUAAAUGCUAUUGAAAGCAGAUUUCCAGUACUAACACAUCCCAAAGGCAUGCAUUACCUGCCAGAGAAAGCAACGAAAAUAAUUAAUGUUUGCUGUGCUAUUCAUAAUGCUUGUGUAUUUUAUAAAGAUGAUUUACCAAAAAGUGACAAAACAUUUCUAAAUGUAGAUAAACAGAAACAGCGUGAUAUAGAUGACUCCGAAUCGUAUGAUAGUGACGUCUCAGAGUUUAAUAACGAAAUGGGUGUCCCAAAUGAGGUUUUAAGAAUAAGAGAAAAAUUGGCAAAAAGCUUACGAGAUGAAAAGUGUGUAUAAAGUAGUCGGUUGUUCUUAUGUGUAGUAAAAAAAAUUACUUUAAUUUAUUUUAAUAUAUAGGUGCAUAUGUAUAUAUUUAUUACUCUUAAAGAUAACAUUUAAGUUAUUCCUCGAAAACAUAAGUGCUGUUGCAUUAACUUUUGUUGAAUUAAAAAUAAAAAAACAAAUUGUAUAUCUCAUA